CGGGCAUGGAUGUUGACAAAGUGGACAACAUGGCUUCAGUUUUGCUCGAAAAGGAAUCCAAAAAUACAGAAAGGUCUACGAGACAAAGCGUAAAAGCAUUCUACGAUUACUUAGCAAAGAAAAAUCUGAGCGAACCGCCAAGUGACAAAGGAGGCCUUUGUGGACUUCUGAAAUCCUUUUAUCAAGACGUUCGAAAAACUGAUGGUAGCCAUUACACCAAAAAUUCUUUACAAAGUUUAAGAUAUGGUCUUUGUAGGCAUUUUAGGAGUAUUCGUGAGAUAGAUAUCAUAACUGAUGUAGCUUUUACCGAAGCAAACAAGAGCUAUCAAGCGCGAUGUAUUUUUUUGAAGGAUCAAGGGCUGGACAAAGUUGAUCAUAAACCACUUCUCCUUGAAGAUGACCUGAUAAAAUUGUACCAAAGUGGAGUUUUUGAUACAAGAUAUCCUAGGACGCUACAGAACAAAGUGUUUUUUGAAAUUAUCUUGUUUUUCUGUCGUCGUUAUGGACAAAACCCAAAGGACUUGAAAUCUAGUGACUUUGAGUUUCGUGUUGACAACCAAGGCAGAAGAUAUGUUUGUAAGACUGGGUACAACAUGCCAACCAAUCGUCAAGAGAGUGAAGAUGGUCUUGACAUCAUGUAUGAAAAGGGUGGCCCGUAUUGCCCUGUGGCAUCCUUGGAGCUUUACCUCAAGCAUCUAAACCCAUCAAAUCCAUCGUUAUUUCAAAAAGCCAAGAAAGAUCAUUUACUGAUAGAUGAAUCCUGGUAUGAAAAUGUGUCUCUAGGUGAAAGAGUGCUGGCAGAGAAGAUGAAGGGAAUUUCUGAAGAAGCUCAACUUUCCAAAGUCUUUUCUAAUCAUUCAAUAAGGAUGAUAUCAAUUUCUAUGUUAAAUAUGUGCAUAUUUGGAUCCAUCUGUCCCUGGAUUGUCCGUGUCAGGGGGAGGAUACCAGAAGCAGCUUCUGAAAGUCCAACGCAAUCAGUAUGUAAGAAGAGAAAGAUCUCUGAAACCAGAGUUGAUACGGAUCAGUCAGUAACACAUGAUCAAGCUCUUGAUGUGGACUCGUCUGAAUGGGCAGAAUAUAGGACUAGAUCUGGACAAGUUCUACUUAUCAAAAUAAUGGAAAAAUCCAAUUCUUCAUCAAAAAAAGGAUUGCCAAAUGAGUCAUCAACACAGGCCAAAAAUCUCGUUAGCAUUGGUACACAAACAGAUGAUACUGAGUGCAUAAAUGGAUGUACCUCUAAGUACGUACCUCUUUUGUGUUGUGGUAAUGACCGUCCUUUUACUCAAGCAAACAAAACAGCUUAUAAACAAGAUAAUUCUGCUAAAAUGUCUUUAGAAGAUGGCAAUGGGGACAAAGAUGCGGGGGGCGUUAGAGACCGCCAUGACACAUCUUAUGCAAGUGACCUUAGUGCAGUUUUAAGAGUUUUAGAUGAAGAUGAAAGCGAUACAAGUUUUGGGAUGGGAGUUCCCACUCAACAUACUAAUCAAUCACAAAAUGAAAAGAAUCUGGUUUGCGAGAAGAACAAAAACGUAGCAGAAAUGAAUCAUGACGUACGUUAUGGAAUGAUUGUUCCAAGUCAACUAGGUAAUCCAUCCCAAAAUCAAGAGAGUUUUGUCCAUAAAAAUCAAGAUGGUUUUGUGUGUGAAAAGAGUGAGAAUGUGUAUAGUAAUCAUGAAGAGAAUACUCUUCACCUCGAUGAUAAAGGUCACUGUAUUGAGCCAGUCUGGCCAAAUUCCAAAGGAGAACAUUUAAGAGUUGGAAAUCCAGCUAAUCUAGCAAGUACUGUCGUAAGUCAAUAUCUUUACAAACUGACCCACAACAUUACGACGGUGAGAACAUCUACCAAGCCUCCAAGACCUCGGAAUACACCGAUAAAAAUUUUACCAAAGUCAUUAGUAAACACGUCUAGUGUACCAGUUGGGACAGCUGGAUUCAUAAACCAAGGGAAUACAGCUGUUGACAUAAGUAAUUUACACGUGGUCAAUGUUAGUAGCAAUCAAAUUGUGGCAAAGCCAUUGGUGGACACUUUGGGCUCAUCAGUUGGGACAGCAUAUAGCAGAUAUAUAAGCCCAGGGGACACCCCAGUUGACACAAGUCAAUUGGUUAAUCCUCCUGGCACUCCAAAGUCACCUACAGGCCCUAAUCAUACAUGAAUUAUUGUGCCUAGUGCUUCGGAUACACCAAUCGUUGUUGUUCAUACCAAAGUCUACUAAGUUAGCUGAUCUGAAUGCUUCUAUAACGGUUUUCUUCAAUUUGGUAGCUCACUCAACAAAGAAAUUAGCCCUCUUAACACUGAAAAUCUAUCAGCUGUGAAGAGUGGGGCCAGUUAUGAUCCAUUUCAGAAAAAUGAAGGACAAACAUCACACUUUCAAGAGCAUUUGAUUCUAUUGAAAAUGCUAUCAAUAACUGCAAGACAUUCAAAAAACAUUUGACAUUACAAUUAAUGAAAAAUUGAAAAUCAAGAAUAGGUCUCUUUGCAAUCCGUUUUAUACUAGUAUCUAACAGGGGUGGAUUAUAGGUUGUCGGCACAGGGGGUGUGCAUCUUCCUGAGACCAAUGUAUCCUUCAAUGUUUUCCCUUAUUUUAUGUUGCCUUUGUGAACAUUUUAUCGAGUGCAGGCCCACCUGACACUACACACCUAUUGCAUCUGCCUCUGUCCGGUGAGAACAAAUGGAUUGUGCUAUAAUAAGACUCAUUUCUUUACAAACUGGAACAGCAAGGAUGUUUCAAUACUAUCUGUUAUACUUAAGUUAUUACAUUUAACAUAUUGUACAUGUUUGACGCUUUACAUUAAAUUAGUGUUCAUAUGUGUAGAUGUGAAUUUUGUUUG